AUGUCCACCGACUCGCUCCUCCUCGACUCCACCUUCACCAUCACGGCCAUCGACCAAAAAAAGUACGACCGCGUCAUGCGCGUCUUUGGCGAGCGCGAGGACCUCAAGUUCACGCUCGACAUCCACAGCGAGCUGUACCCGCUCAGCGCCGGCGAGACCAUCCAGCUGUCGAUCGCGUCCACGCUCUCGCUCGACGGCUCAAAGGACGACAGCGCCAACAGCAAGACGGGGUGGCGCGAGACGCGGUCGGGGGAGCUGACGCUCGCGGAUACGUAUGAUUAUGUCAUGCAUGGGAAGGUGUAUCGCUUUGAGGAGGGGAAUGGGGAGUUUAUAAAGGUGUAUGCGUCGUUUGGGGGGCUGUUGCUGCAUAUUGAGGCCCGCAUAAGAGGUUGA